UCUUUUUAUGCUCAAGAUACCCUGGAUACUUCUGCAAAUUUGUCGCACCAUCAAUUUCAGUCGGGUCGAAACAGUGAUCGGUAUCUUUUCCUAGCAACAAUUAUCUGUAAGGAACCCUGCACGAGACCCUCCAACGAACAGGAUUUACAGUUACCUGCCCUCUCUCCCUCACAAAGUACGUAGGUCUCACCCAUCAUGAAUCCACGGGCCCGUUCUCCCCACGCCGGUCACGACCAUUCUCCCGCAUCGGUGUUGCCGACCGUCGCAUUCUACACCGAACGCGACAUCGUGCAAAAGCGCGGGGGUAUCAUUAGUCAACGUGUCGCCAACAAGCAGUAUCACGCCUUACUCCAGGCCAACGUGAUGAUCUACAAGACGCUCCCAAAAGACGAUCGCAGCGACUUUGCCAAGAACAUAUACAAUUUUCUCACGCGAGUUUGCCAGCGUCGCAUCGUCCAGUACCGUACCGGCGGUGAUGAUUACGUCGUGCUCGACGAAAGUAAAGGCGCCAUCGUCAUUUCCGCGGCGAUUCGAGACGAUAAGACUGCACAGGCCUGUUGCGCCUCGAAUCCUCUUUGGAUUUUGGGACACCAUGAUCCUAGCCAGAUGUAUGGAGGAAUGCCGUUCUUGUACCGGACCAACAAUGACAACAAAAACAUUAACAACAACAACAACAACAACAACAACAACAACAACACCGAAGCAGAGACUGUUUGGCACCAUUGUCAAUCCAGUACCGAGGCGCAAACGUUUCUAGUACAGGGACAUUUGAAAAACUUGUUAGUUCUGCCUUCGGAUAUUGAUAUUCCGGAUCGCUCUGUUCUUUCCUUUGCUCACCGACGCGACAACCUGCCGGCGCUGACGGUAACCAACUUGGCCGGACGAGACGGAGAGGAUGUUGGUGAUCAUGACGAAGAAGAAGACCUUGACGAGGCGGAUGAUUUACUCCGAAUACUGGAACAGCGUCACGCGGACGACAACGGAGACACUCAUUUACCACCCCACUACCAGCACCAAGGGAAGGUUUCACCUUACUCGCACGGAUCAUGUGCAUCCGAUUUUACGUAUCCCGUCCAUCACCGCCAUCGCGCUGUUUCACAUGAAAUGUUCGAGCAGCAUUGGCACCCCUACGCAGAGCUUGGGGAUAUCUUUGCCAUGGAUUUGGAGCCCCGACCGAUAGAAACAACGAAUGAUUCCUCGGGAAUCACGGCCAUAAAAUUGAGGGACCUACCAACCUUUCCCGUCUCGUCCAGCUGCUCGACCAUAUCCAUGUCGGACGGAGAAGACGACCACAUCAUUGAGAUCGAAGGUGAACCGAUAUCUUCCCGGCGGAAACGACCCCGAUGUUGGGAAACUAGCAUUGCGGCAAACUCCUCGAGCAGCUUAUGGUCUGGUUCGGGUGAGGACGCUUUUUGUCGUUACCAAUGGGAGUGGUAG